UGGAUGCGCCCAUGUAAACUUAUAGCAUAAAAAUGUCAACUCUUAUUUCUCAGCAAGCUCUUAAAUUACUGGCCUUUUCUAGAAUUCUAUGGCAGAGAAAUUAUAUGAAAUCAUGUGCAUGUUUCCAGCAAGCUGUCAAGAUUGAAGGCGCUUUAGCUAAGAUGCUGAAGAAGUCUCAAAAAAGGAAUAAAAACUCAUCAGGAUGGAACGUUUCACCCAAGCAGAUAAUACUAGACUUAGAAACUACAAGAACACGACCUGGCAGUAAAUAUAGAGCGCCGAGUGACAGAGUACAGAGACGAGCCCAUGAUAUCAGUAUUGUAUUGUAUAAUUAUAUAAGGGAGAUAAUCAACAGUGGAGAACUCAGCCAACAGAUUGCUGAUUCGAUGAUAGAAAUAACACAGGUUAAAAUGCUGCCUGAUUUCUCUGCCAUCCAUGUGCUAUGGCUACCCUUUGGUACUGAGGUAGAUGAAGAACUAGAUACUCUACUACAAAGUAAAGAAAAUAAACUAAGAGCAAUUCUAACAUCUUACAGACCGAUCGCUAAUAUACCACCAAUUGUUUUUCUGAAAGAUGAAGCUCGAACAGAGGAAAUUAAAAUGAACAAAAUGUUUGAAGAAGCAGAUUUUGGUCUCCAUUCUGAAUUGCCUGAGCCAGAAAUCACUGAUACAGAAUCUAAAAAUUUAAUACAAAGUAAUAAUCAUAGAACAGACAAACUACAAGAAAUCAGAGAGAGAUUUGAUGUUGGAGAUACCCCAGUUGUACAUAUGGAAUCUAAUAAUACACAGAAAAUUGAAGCAGAGAUUGCAAAAUUUCAAAAUGAGGCUAAAUCUAAUUAUAGAACUGAUUUAGAUUACAACAUAUUUAAUCAGUACAGAGAUGAUUUAUAUGGAUUAAACCAUGCACUUCUAAUGAAAAAAAUAGAAGUUUCAAAACACAAAUUGAAACAUAGACAACCAGCAAAUGACCAUGACUUUAAAUCUUUUGUAAGUGCUAGAUUUCAAACAAUGGACGGAUCAGAAUCUUCAUCGGAAGAUGGAAAGGAAAAGUCAACAAAAGGAAACAUUUUGAAAAAAUGGAAAAAAAGAUCUAAUAAAAAAUAUUCUGACUUUUUUGAAGAAAGUGAUUCUAGAUAUGACAAGGAUAACAAUGAAUCUUACCAGGAUUAUGAUGUUGACUAUGAAGAUUAUAAUUUCAGAAAUAAUAGAUGAUAAAAAUGAGAUUGGUUAAAAUAAAAAAUCAAGACAACUGUU